GCGCCUCAGCGCGGAGGUCAGGCAGAGCGGACGGUCUCCCCCGGCAGCUGCAGGACCCUUGGUGCGGCACAUCUGGAGGUUACGUUCGGAAACUCCGCAGAGACGCUGCUGAAGCUCACAGGAACCGUCACAUGCGCAAACCGAGCAGUUUGGAGCAUGUCCCUAUGAAGGAGCGCUGAUUUAAAGAGAAAUCAGGUCAAAUUUCAACAUGUCCACCUCCCUAAGAGACGGUGGAGCCUCCACUAACUCAGUAGAAGCCAAAAAAUCCGACGUGAGGCUGAACGAGAAGAAAUGCUCGUGGGCUUCCUACAUGACAAACUCUCCAACGGUGAUCGUAAUGAUCGGCCUGCCUGCAAGAGGAAAAACCUACAUGUCCAAGAAACUCACACGGUACCUGAACUGGAUCGGAGUCCCAACCAAAGUCUUUAACUUAGGCGUGUACCGCAGAGAGGCAGUCAGAGCUUACAAGUCCUACGAUUUCUUUCGCCACGACAACGAAGAAGCCAUGAAAAUAAGAAAGCAGUGUGCUCUGGUGGCUCUGCAGGAUGUGAAGGAGUACCUGAUGGAGGAGGGGGGUCAAAUUGCAGUUUUUGAUGCAACAAACACAACGAGAGAACGACGGGAUCUAAUCCAGGAUUUUGUGAAGGAGAACGCCUUCAAGGUGUUCUUUGUCGAGUCGGUGUGUGACGAUCCAGAUGUCAUCGCUGCAAAUAUUCUGGAAGUAAAAGUUUCCAGUCCGGACUAUCCUGAAAACCACAGAGAGAGAGUGAUGGAGGACUUCCUGAAACGCAUUGAGUGCUACAAGGUCACUUAUCAGCUGUUAGACCCUGAUGACUAUGACAAGGACCUCUCCUUUAUCAAGGUGAUCAACGUGGGACAGCGUUUUCUGGUGAACCGGGUGCAGGACUACAUUCAGAGCAAAAUAGUUUACUACCUCAUGAACAUACAGGUGCACUCCCACUCCAUCUACCUGUGUCGACAUGGGGAGAGCAACCACAAUGUCCAGGGACGCAUCGGAGGAGACUCUGAACUUUCUCCUCGGGGGAAACAGUUCGCCCAUGCUCUGCGGGACUUUAUCGACAAGCAUAGGCUGUCAGACCUGAAGGUGUGGACGAGUCAGCUGAGGAGGACCAUCCAGACGGCCGAAGAGCUCGGAGUGCCAUAUGAGCAGUGGAAAAUCCUCAACGAGAUUGAUGCUGGUGUAUGUGAGGAGAUGACCUAUCAAAUGAUCCAGGAGACAUUCCCAGAAGAGUUUUCUAUGAGGGACCAGGACAAAUACCAUUAUCGUUACCCAGGAGGAGAGUCCUACCAGGAUCUGGUACAGCGUUUGGAGCCAGUUAUCAUGGAGCUGGAGAGGCAGGGCAAUGUGUUGGUUAUCUGCCACCAGGCUGUCAUGCGCUGUCUCUUGGCUUACUUCCUGGACAAGGGCGCAGAAGAUCUUCCAUACAUGAAAUGCCCCCUGCACACGGUGCUCAAACUCACUCCUGUUGCGUACGGUUGUAAAGUGGAGAUGUUUUCUCUGAAUGUGGAGGCCGUAAACACUCAUCGAGACCGACCGCUUGGUAACAUUCCAAGGGGCUCGGCUCUCAUACAUCGCCGGAAUAGUUACACUCCCUUGUCCAGUCAUGACCAGGUGAAGCGGCCCAGGCUCUACAGCGUGGGUAACCAGCCAUGGCUACCGCUCGCCCCCACGCCAUCGGCUCUGAUGCCAGAGGGACCGCAAAGCCAAACUCGGACAAGUAGCAGUUGUCUGAGUUCCUGUGUGAAGGAAUCAACUUUGACAACGCCGAAGAAACUAGUGGUUGUGUCCGCUUCUGAGUGAAGGUUGGAUCCCUUGUUUUUCCACCUUUCUUCAUGUCACAGAUUGUAAAGGUUCUUGAGUCUUUCAUAAG